AUGCCUCCACCACCCCAUAUCAAACCUGAGAAUGUCCUCAAGAGGGCACAGGAACUCAUCGCCGUCGGUCAGGCUCAGGCUGCCUUGACCGUCCUUCACGAACAUGUCACCUCGAAGCGUACCCGUAGCAGCCCUAUUGCCUCCCUUGAGCCCGUCAUGUUGCUCUUCGUUGAGCUGUGUGUCGAUUUGCGUAAGGGCAAGUCGGCCAAGGACGGUCUAUAUCAGUACAAGAACAUCGCUCAGAACACCAACGUCGGAACCAUCGAGGUCGUCCUGAAGAAGUUCAUCGAACUCGCCGAGCAAAAGGUCACCGAGGCCCAGGCCAAAGCCGAUGAGAUCCAGUCUUCGCUCGAGUCCGCACCCUCCGCCACCAAUGUGGAGGACUUGGAAGCCAUCGAGACUCCCGAGACUAUCCUGCUGGCCACCGUCUCAGGAGAGCAGUCUCGCGACCGCACCGACCGCGCCGUUGUCACUCCUUGGCUCAAGUUUUUGUGGGAGACUUAUCGCACCGUUCUGGAGAUCCUGAAGAACAACGCUCGUCUGGAGAUCAUGUACCAGGCUACUGCCCUUCAGGCCUUCCAGUUCUGUCUCAAGUACACCCGCAAGACCGAGUUCCGCCGUCUCUGUGAGCUGCUGCGCAAUCACGUCCAAAAUGCCGCCAAGUACUCCACUCAGAUGCACGCCAUCAACCUGAGCGACGCGGAUACCCUGCAGCGUCAUCUCGAUACCCGUUUCCAGCAACUGAAUGUCGCCGUCGAGCUCGAGCUGUGGCAGGAGGCCUUCCGCAGCAUCGAGGACAUCCACACUCUCCUGAACCUGAGCAAGCGUCCCGCCAAGAAUGUCAUGAUGGCUAACUACUACGAGAAGCUGGCUCGUAUCUUCCUUGUCAGCGAGAACUAUCUCUUCCACGCCGCUGCCUGGAACCGCUACUACAACUUGCUCCGUCUCUCUACCAUUGCCUUGGCCACCGGUCAGAGCAGCAAGAAGGAAAACCCCUCUGUCACCGAAGCCGAAAUGACCAAGGCCGCUUCCUUCGUCCUCUUGUCUGCCCUGUCUAUCCCUGUGAUCAGCACCACUCGUUCCCGCGGUGCCCUGAUUGACGUCGACGAGGCUCGCAAGAACAAGAACACUCGCUUGACCAACCUUUUGGGUAUGGCCCAGCCUCCUUCCCGCCACGUUCUGUUCCGUGAUGCUCUCAACAAGGGUCUUCUCAAGCGCGUCCGCCCUGAGAUUCGUGAUCUUUACAACAUUCUCGAGGUCGACUUCCACCCAUUGUCUAUCUGCAAGAAGAUCACCCCCAUUCUGACCAAGAUUGGUGCUGAUCCCGAGAUGGAGAAAUACGUCGUACCUUUGCAGCAGGUCAUUCUUACUCGCCUCUUCCAGCAGCUGUCUCAAGUCUACGAGUCUGUUGAGCUCAAGUUCGUCUACGAGCUCGCUCAAUUCCCCGACCCCUUCCAGAUCACCCCCGCUAUGAUCGAGAAGUUCAUCAUGAACGGUUGCAAGAAGGGCGAUCUGGCCAUCCGUGUUGACCACAUCUCGGGUGUCCUGACCUUUGACUCGGACGUCUUCUCCUCAUCCAAGGCCAUGCACGCCGGCAGCGGCGCCGGUUCGGCCGAGAGCGAAGUUGGCUCUGUUCAGCGUCUGCAGCACACUCCCGCUGAUAUCGCCCGCUUCCAGCUUGCUCGUCUCGCCAAGACUUUGCAUGUUACCUGCCAAUAUGUCGAUCCCUCCUACAACGAGGCUCGCGCUCAGGCCAAGCAGACUGCUCAGGCCCGUGCUCUUGCUGGUGCUGCGCAGGAGCACGAGGAGACACUGGCUCGUCGCGUCAUUAUCGACAAGAAGAAGGAGGCUGCCACUGACGCUCUCAACCGUAAGCAGCGUGAGGAGGAGACUCGCAAGCGUAUCCGUACCCAGCAGCUCCAGGAAGCUGAGAAGCAGCGUCUUGCUGACGAGCAGCGCGAGCGUGAGCUCAAGCGUGUCAAGGACGAGCAAGACCGCAUCCGUGCUGAAGAGCUCAAGAAGCAGCUUGAGGAGCUCAAGACCGGUGUCAAGGGUCUGGACAUCAGUGAGCUUGAUCCUGAGGAGUUGGACGCCAACCGCCUGCGCGCGAUCAAGCUUGCUCACCUCGAGAAGGAGAAGAACGAGUUGAAUGAGCGCGUGCGUGCGACCGCCAAGCGUAUUGACCACUUGGAGCGUGCUCUCCGUCGUGAGGAGGCUAAGCACGUCCCCGGUGACUACGAGACCCAGAAGAAGCACGACAUGGAGCUUUACGAGGCUCAGAAGGCUGAGACCCUGAAGGAAGCUAAGCGUAAGCACGCCGAGGCUGUUGCCCUGAAGCACCGUCUUGGUCGUCUUGUGCCACAGUUCUCCAGCUUCCGUAAGGAGGUGUCUGAGAAGCGCCACGAGGAGUUCGAGAAGCGCCGCAAGGCUGCCGAGCGUGAGUUCGAGGCCAAGAAGAAGCAGCGUGUCAAGGAGGUCACGGAACGACGCCGCCGCGAGAAGCAGGAGCGUGAGGAGGCCGAGCGUCGUCGCAAGGAGGAGGAAGAACGUGUUGCUCGCGAAGAGGAAGAGCGUGUCGCCCGCGAAGAGGAGCGCCGUCGUGCUUUGGCCGAGGAGAAGGCCAAGCGUGAGGAAGAGCGAGCCAAACUCGACGAGAUCGCCCAGAAACAGAAGCAGCGCGAGGAAGAGGCCGAAGCCCGCCGCAAUGCCCGCAAAUUUGGCGGUGCCGCUCCUGUCCCGGAGCCUCCUGCAGAGCGUACUGCACCUCGCCUCAAUCUUGCUUCUCGUCCGGCUGCUGCUGCUGGUGGCGGUGGCUGGAGAGAGCGUUUGGCGGCCAAGGAAGCCAGUGGUGGUGCUGCCCCCGAGCCCGCUCGCAAAGAACCUGCUCAGGAGGAGCCUGCUCCCCUGCGCAAGGGCGGAUACGUCCCACCUCACUUGCGUGGAGCUGCCUCCUCUGGCUCCGCCCCACCGGCUCGUGAGAACGGUUCUAGCGACCGUUUCGAGCGUCCUGAGCGCAACGAUCGAUUCGAACGCCCGGAGCGUACCGAGCGUACCGAGCGCACCGACCGUUUCGUGCCCCGUCACGUUCGUGAUCCCUCCUCUGCCACAUCCGAGGCUCCCCCUGCCGCCAAGCCCGACGAGUCGAAGGCUAGCGGUGGCAAGUGGGUGCCCCGCUGGAAGCAGCAGCAGUCCUAG